AAUAAAAUAUAUCGAUAAAAUGCGGCGUUUUGCAGAAUCCAACGUAUUCAUUCGAAGAAAAAUAUUAUACAUGAAAAAGUUUGCAAUUAUAGGCAAAGAAAAUACAUGUUUGAUGUUAAAAUAAACGUUACUACAUGCGUAACUAUUUUGUAUAACCAGGAAUUAUUUCGAUAUGUGUGGAAGAACUUGCUUAACAUUGGAACCGAAGGAUGUAUUGUGCGCUUGUAGAUAUAAGUCAACAAAAUUAGUUAAUACUACAAACGAAGAAAAAACCGAAAGAAAUGUUGCACCAAAAAUUGAUGAACAAAACUCUAAUACCAUUCUUGAGAGUACAUUACUUACUCCAGAGUGGCGGUCUGAGUUUAACUGCGGUCGAACCUAUCAACCCUCAUAUAACAUGACACCUACUGAUAUUACACCUGUAAUAGUAUCUACUGAUCAUUUCUGCGACGAUGGUAAUAAUGAAGAAUUCAAUACCCAAUCUCAAGUUAUUGUGCCUAUGAUGUGGGGCAUGAUACCAUUUUGGCAUAAAGGUGACUAUCGCCGACAUGGUUUAUCAACCAAUAAUUGUCGGUUAGAGCAUAUGCUGGAAUCAAAAUUAUAUCGUGGCCCAUUUCGAAGAGGUCAGCGAUGCGUGGUUCUAUGCGAAGGCUUUUAUGAAUGGCAGACCACAAAAUCAGCUAAACCCUCAGAACGAGCAGCACAUUUAUUAUAUAUGCCACAAGCGGAAGGUGUAAAAAUGUAUAACAAAUCCACAUGGACUGCUGAUAAUGUCAAUCUAUUGAAAAUGGCUGGUCUUUUCGAUAUAUGGGAAGAUGAGAAUGGUGACAAGAUAUAUAGUUAUAGUAUAAUAACAUUUGAAUCUUCAAAAAUAAUGUCUUGGCUACAUCAUCGCAUGCCUGCCAUACUAGAAACCGAGCAACAAGUGAAUGAUUGGCUUGACUUUAAACGGGUAACAGACGAUGAGGCCUUAGCUACUUUGCGUCCUGCCACUAAAUUGGAUUGGUAUCGUGUAUCUAGUUACGUCAACAAUUCGCGAAAUAAAUCAGAGCAAUGCAAUAAGCCCAUAGAGUUGAUACAGAAAAAUGAUUCUUCUAAAGAUUGCAAUAACACAGGUAAAUCCUUAUUAAAUUGGUUGAAUGUGCGAAAACGUCGAGAGGAGCAAGCAAAACAAUUAAGUGAGGAUGAGAGUACCAACGAUUGUGGAGGUGGGAGCGGUGGAGGAAGUACGGCGAGUGAAAGCGAUGCUGAAAACCCGCCAAAGCGACCGCGUUUUCGCGAUUAUAAAAAAGCUGUUAGGGAAGCAGCUCUGCUCAACACUGUCCCAUCGACAGAUAGUGCAAGUGAAAAGCAGCAAACUUGCGACGAAAGCUAAUUCAAUGAAGUCGUUAUUAUAUUUUGCUAUAUUAGCUAUCUUUGAAUUUCUACAUAAACAAUGUAAAUUACCAUUAAAAGUAAUAGUUUUCAA